AUGAGUGUUGAGCAAAGAAUAUCCGAUGGGGAUCACCCCGAACCCCCUUAUCCCCUCCACGAAUCUAUAGUCAACCGCAUCAACCCCCAGUAUGCAGACUUCUAUAAUAAGCACAUCAUAAAACAUCAACAAGUUCAUCUACAACCCAUAGAAGCCUCACGUGCAAGUGGGACUCUAAUCCCGGGUGCUGGUCCUCUAGCUCCUGUCGCCAAAGCACAUGACUAUGUUGUCCCGCGACAAGAGACAGAAGGCCCAGGCGUUAGAGUUCGUGCCUUCACACCACAAGGGACGAAACCCGAAAAUGGGUGGCCCGUCUGUGUUUACUUUCACGGCGGUGGCUGGGUCCUAGGAACCAUCGAUACGGAAAACGUAAUAGCAACAAAUCUAUGCGCUCGCAGCCAAUGUGUUGUCGUCGCCGUGGACUACAGACUCGCCCCUGAAAACCCCUUCCCCGCCGCAGUAGACGACUGCUGGGAAACCGUGCUCUGGGUCCUCAGCAAAGGCCAAGAAAUCCUAGACCUAGACACCAGCAAACUAGCCACCGGCGGUUCCUCCGCGGGCGGCAACCUAGCAGCUAUAAUGUGCCAGCGCGCAGCCACCCUCGGCACCUUUAACUUUUCCCUACAACUCCUCUCCGUGCCCGUAACCGACAACACCGCCAACCCGAAAAACAGUAAAUCGUGGAGUGAAAACGAGCACACGCCCGCUCUCCCCGCAUCCAAGAUGCUGUGGUAUCGAAACCAUUAUUUACCUAACAAAACAGAUUGGUCGCAUCCCGAGGCCAGCCCGCUUUUUUGGGAAGGCGAUUGGGCGAAGUUACCGCGUGCUGUUAUUGUCGUUGGUGAGCUUGAUGUGCUGAGGGAUGAAGGAGUGCAGUUUGGUGAGAAGUUGAGGAGUAAGGGUGUUCGCGCGGAUACCCAUUUGAUGAAGGGACAGCCGCAUCCGUUUAUUGCGAUGGAUGGCGUGUUGGAUGCUGGAAGGGAGUCGAUUACGUAUUUCUGUGAUGCACUUAGGGAAACGAUGUACCCUGAGUCUAAUUCGGAGGCUUGA